AUGAACACGUGUUGUGCGUCGGCAAUAUUGGACUUCUACGAGACAAUGAGGCCAAACAAAAGGUACGUGCACCUCAUUGUGUUGCUGCACACGGUUUACGUUUUGGCUUCUGUGACUCAUUAUUCCAUCCCUGAAGAGCUCAAAGAAGGAUCCGUUGUUGCCAACCUCGCAAAUGAUCUCAGUUUGGACGUUACAAGUCUGAUUAGAAGGAAGAUGCGUGUCGACAUCAUUGCUAACAAAAAAUAUCUGGAUGUUAACAAAGAGACUGGAGAACUGUACAUUGUGGAGAAGAUUGACAGGGAGCAUAUUUGCACCACAAAAUCGACAUCAUCAUGUUAUCUCAAACUGGAGGUGACGUUGGAAAACCCACUGCGUAUUUUUAACAUAGAGUUAGAAAUACUAGACAUGAAUGACAACGCCCCGCAGUUCAGACGAGAUGCCAUUCACUUGGAUAUAUCUGAGUCAACACCAAAAGGAGAGCGAUUCUCUCUCAGUAAUGCAGUUGAUCCAGAUGUAGGGGGUAAUUCAGUCAAAACUUAUCAUUUGAGUGAAAGUGAGCAUUUUAAUAUUGAGGUUCAGACUGGCAGAGAUGGGUCUAAAUUUGCAGAUUUGAUAUUAAGGAAGACAUUAGACAGAGAGCAGCAGGCAAUGCACAAUUUAUUUCUAACAGCAGUAGAUGGCGGUACACCUCCACGCUCUGGCACUGUUAGUAUUAUCGUGCAUGUCUUAGACAACAAUGAUAACGCCCCUUUGUUUGAUAACUCUAUUUACAGUAUUAAAAUGAUGGAGAAUUCCCCCAUUGGAAGCCUUGUUAUUGAUUUAAAUGCUACAGACUUGGAUGAGGGCUCCAAUUCUGAUUUAACAUAUUCAUACAGCUUAUAUACACCAGAGAAAACACACGAAACUUUUCAUUUGAAUCCUUCGACUGGUGAGAUUACUGUUAAGGGCAUGUUGAAUUAUGAGGAUUUUCAAAUUUAUGAUAUGGAAGUAAUAGCAGCAGACAAAGGAGUCAAUAGCUUAUCAGGCCAAUGUACAAUCAAAAUUCAAAUUGAGGACAUGAAUGACAAUCAUCCAGAAAUAUCUAUUAAAUCUUUUCAAACUCCAGUCAGUGAGAAAAUUGACGUCAACACAGUCAUUGCAGUGGUCAGUGUGAGUGAUAAGGAUUCGGGCGAUAAUGGAGUGGUAGAUCUUCACAUUCCCCGCAACAUGCCUUUCAAACUGAGGGAGUCUUCUGAUAACUAUUAUAAAUUAGUAGUUUCAGAGCCAUUGGACCGUGAGAGGGUUCCAGAAUAUGACAUCACAUUCACUGUGAUGGACAGAGGCUCCCCUCCGUUAAGUGACAAUGAAACAAUGACCUUACAUCUGUUGGACGUGAAUGACAAUGUUCCACACUUCCCUCAGUCCUUUUAUACCAUACGUGUGAUGGAGAAUAAUGCUCCAGGCGCAUUGCUCACUUCCCUCACUGCGUUUGACCCAGAUCUCCAUGAGAACCAGUACCUAGUUUACUUUAUUGUGGAGAAGGAGAUAGCCAACACCUCCAUGUCGAUGCUGUUCUCCAUCAACCCUGAGAAUGGGAACCUUUAUGCACUAAAGACUUUUGACUAUGAAAUGGAAAAGGACUUUCUUUUCCACAUUGAGGCCAGAGACUCAGGUUCUCCUCCACUCAGCAGCAAUGUGAGUGUCCACAUCAUUGUUGUGGACCAGAAUGACAACGCUCCUGUUAUCGUCUCUCCGUGGCGAGCGCACGGCUCAGUGGUUGAGGAAAAGAUCCCCAGGUCCACAGAUAAAGGCUCUCUGGUGGCCAAGGUGAUCGCCUUGGAUUUAGAUUCCGUGCACAACUCUCGCAUCAGCUAUCAGUUCCUGCAAGUGAGUGACGCCUCCUUGUUCAGUCUGGACCAGUACAAUGGUGAGAUCCGCACCAUGAGAAUGUUCAGUUACAAAGAUUGGCGGCACCACAGACUGGUGGUUGUUGCCAAAGACAACGGAGAGCCAGCCCUCUCUGCUACAGUCACCAUUAAGCUGUCAACGGUGGAAACUGCUGUGAAGGCCUACUCAGACAUGACCGAAGUUCCCCUGGAAUAUGACAUCUUCUCGGACCUCAACCUAUAUUUGGUCAUCGGUCUGGGUUCUGUGUCUUUCCUGCUGCUCAUCACCAUUUUGGUCACCAUCGUGCUCAAGUGUCAGAAGGUCAAGCCCAGCAAAGCGGCUCCUCCUAGCAGGAACAGUGUAAUCAGUGAAAGGAACUCCACCAUUGCAGAUUCCACUCUGGUGUCCAACGACGCCUACUGGUACAGUCUGUUUCUAGCCGAGACCAGGAAAGGAAAGCUGGUGGUCAGACAGCCUGUGCCAAAGGGCUCCAGAUAUAUCGUGUCCAGCAUUUCCAGGAGCACAGGCGUGUCUGAGACUAGUGAUUCUGCUCCCUCCACGUUGCAGGUAUGA